AUGGCCCCAACAAGAUAUGCCAAAAUGAUAGGCACCGGGGGACGCGCCGCCUUCUUCUAUAGCGCCAUCGUACGCGAUUUCACGGACACAGCGACGCUUGUCGCCUUCUGCGAUACUAAUCAAACACGAAUGGAUGUCGCCAAUAGCCGCACUCGAGAUUUAGGCAAAUCACAAUUACCAACUUACAAAGCCAUCGACUUCGAUCGAAUGAUUCAAGAGACAAAGCCAGAUACAAGAAUUGUGACCACGAUUGAUCGGACACACCACACCUACAUCAUUCGAGCCAUGGAACUUGGCUGCAACGUACUCAGCGAAAAGCCGAUGACGAUUGACGAGAACAAAUGCCAAAUGAUUCUUGCUACUGUCAAGGCGACGAAUCGCCAAUUGCGAGCCGCCUUCAACUACCGAUAUGCGCCUCAUAACAGCAAAGUCCGCCAGCUUCUAAUGGACGGUGUAAUUGGGAAAGUGACCUCUGUUGUUGAUGGAGCUAUGUCUAUCUUGACGGGCAUCGCAGCUAACAAGGCCAUUCGGACCGGGCAGGUGGUGCAAGUGAAAGAUUUGUUACACUUCUGA